AUGGCCGAGUCCGAGCCGCCCAUGCAGCGAUAUCUUAAACUAUCAUCACAACAAGAGAACAUCCGCCGGAAACUCUCGCUCGAAACCCAAUCACCCACAUCACCCGAAUUCCGAUCAAUGUCCUCAUCACCCACCGAGAGCAUGCAAUCAUCCAUGCACUCAUCCACCACAGCCACGGAGCCACACCUCCCCAGCCCAAUGCCCAUCCCAAUUCAACGUCAACGACACAGCGUCGACUACACGGGGGACGACGCAAAGCGAACACUCUGCGACAUCAACCAGCAGAUGAAGGCAACCCUGACCGAGCUCCUGAACCAGAACCGUUCCGAUGACAAGUACCGGGCGUGGGUGCAGGAGAAGCUGCUCGAGACGGAGCAACAGAUCAGGAAGCAACGUCGUAGGCACUCCAGUGGUGAUCGGGAGAUGGCCGCUUCGAUUGCGACGCACUUCAGUCCCACGCAGAGCUUCGCGUCGCCGUGGCACUAG